AUGGACGCGAUGACAAAAGCCAGCCAGCCUCUUUCAACUCCGACACGCAAGGACGCUGUCAAGUCCCAGACCCAAGGUUCAUACAAGCACCGCAUUACGCCACCGAGUUCACUGAAAAUGGCGGACAGCCCUGCGUCUCCUGGUAUUCCCAGGUCAGACUCGGCGUCACCAACCCCGGCCACAAUUCCUGAUCGCUCAGCCUCUCCGGAGAUACCGCUCACCAUGUCCGCUUCAGCAAUUUUGACGGCUCAGCCGCGGGAUGUUGCCUCAGCACUCGCCAGUGCUGGCGGGUACGCCUCAGAGAAGGUCGUUGUCAAGUUCAAGCCCGUGGGAAACGCUCCCGCUCUCGCUAUGGCCGUAGCCAAGAUAUCCUCCACUCAGACCUUCUCCACCGUCAUCUGGUACCUUCGCAAGCGAUUGAAGCUCCGAGACGCCGAGAAUGUCUUUUGUUACGUCAAUGACUCCUUUGCGCCCUCUCUCGAUGAGAUCGUCGGCAAUCUACACAAUUGUUUCAAGGACUCAACAGGCCAGCUUGUGAUUUCAUACGCUAUGAACCCAGCCUUUGGCUGA